AUGUCAGAAAGCAAUGUUUCCGCCGAUCCUGGGGACUAUAAUGAGGCGUCAGCUGAACGCAUGGGUGGCUCCCGGCCAGCACCAAGGGGGACUGCUUCCUAUAAUCGACGACGAGCCGUGAAAGCGUGCCAAGUAUGCCGCGCUCGCCGGACAAAAUGCGAUAACCAGAAACCUUCUUGCUCAUUCUGCCUAAAGGUUGGCGCAAAGUGCAUCCAGUCCCCCGUGGAUCUUUCCACGUUUGACCCGGCCAGUCUGAAGAUCCUAGAGCGAUUGGACGAAUUAGACAGGACGAUGAAGACCCUGGCCUCGAGAACAGACCCAAAACAGACAAGAUUCUCAUCAGACCUGUCAAAAACUGCAUCUAGCUCCAUUCCGAUCGAGCUCAUCCCCCCUGGCCCGGAAUAUAUCAUGACAUGGGGCGUCUUCGGUGACCUCGGUCAAGGAGUCGCCGCGAUUGGGCUUUCAGAGUCUGGGCCAGCCACAUCGUGCAAUCAAUAUCCGCUACAGUCUCCUUCAUCACCAAAAUCAGAUCUCACGGCGGAACUUGACCUUUGCCGAGUCAACCAUCUCCUUGAUAACUUCUUCAAUUAUGCCCAUGUGAAGAACCCCAUCCUAGAUGAGCAGGCAGCCCGGCGCAUGGUGCAAUCGAUCAUCUUACAUGGUAUCGAUUGGUCCGCAGAAUCGUGUCUAACGCUUCUAAUUUGUGCUUUGGGCUGUAUUGCACGGCCGUUUGGUCCAACCUUGGACACGAUGCCUGGAACUAGUGCAUAUGUUAGUGCUGAGACGCUCUUCCAUGCUGCGCAACGACGAAUCGGUAUUGCAUUUUCUUCCGAAGACAUUAUUUCCACGCAGUGCUUGUUCCUAUCUGGGGUGUACAUGAUGUGCAUAUUUCAGCCUACCAAAGCAUGGCGCUUCUUCUUGCAGGCACUUGCUUCCUGCCAGCAGCCGUCCUUCUUGAACUCAUUAUCACCUCCAACAUCGUCGACGACAUGCGAUGGGAGCCCAGCUAGCCACUCCUUGGAAACGCUUCACCAGGCUAUCUACUGGUCCUCAUGGAAGUCAGAACGGGAGAUGAGGAGUUACCUCCGACCCACAGACUUUACUCUCACAGAAGAGGAACUGGCAUUCUACCCACCAUUUUUGCCGACACCGCCUAAUCUGCAUCUAGAGCAAGAGCUCGAGGCCAAUGGAGACUCUUGUGUAACCAGGCAGACAGUGUCUUGGUAUUUUUACCUUGCCGAGAUUUCUCUCCGAAGGCUUGCCUCAAACCUAUAUACAGAAAUGCUCCGAUUUUGUGAGCAGUCGUUUUCGAGCCAGGGCACUCUAGAGGCUCUUGUGGGAGCUGUGCCGCAUUACGAGGAACAAGCCCAAGAGUGGAUUUCUUCACUUCCAUUUUGUCUGUUAUUCGACGCUCCCGCCGAAGAAGAUGAUAUUUGUAGAUUUGUACUCCGCGGACAUGCAAUCAAUCUGUACGAGAUGAUCUACUGGCCAUUUUUAUCUGCGUAUCUUAUGAAAGAUUUUGUUGUCGAGGAAACACAAGGCUUCUUGCCUUCGGCAAGCUGGAACAUACGGAGGCUUGCACAAAAAGCAUUGGAUUAUCAUGCUCUCAGGCUCUCUGUGAACAAACCAGGAUACAGACAUCGCCACCACGGAACUCUUCUCCUGAUACAAUCGUGUUCAAGGAGCGCCCUAGUUCUGGUAGCCGCUGCCCUACGUAACAUUACGAAUACGGCUCAGAAUAGUGCAAAGGGGGCAAUCGUUCUAAAGUUACCCAACGGCUGGCGGGUAGGUCUUGAUGAAACUAUUGACAUGUUGGCGUUUUGGGAAAAUGAGUCUCGGCAAUUGGCGAGCAUAAGGCAUGUGCUACAGGCAGCUCGGCAGAAGAUUCAGUGA